AUAAAAUUUUUUGUAAGUUGACACAUUUUUAAUUUGUGCACAAUUUUUGAUAUUUGUUUAUGGCAACGUUGAUAACAAACACUUCGCUUGAAUUGAAGGCAGUUUGUUAGCAAAAUUUAAGUUUUAUCAAACAUUUGACAGAUGCGCGCUAUAUUUAGUUUGUUUAUGUUAGAAAAUAAUAAUAAGAAUGGAAUAUCUGAAACCCAAAAUCCUGUCUGCAACUAUUGAAGUUAUUGGUAAACAAUAUAAUUUGGAACCGAACAAUAUAUGUCAUAUUGGAAGUCAACGUCCAGAGCUUCCCAAUGAUAUUUUAAUUGAAGAUCAGUCCAUAAAAAAUACGCAUGCUGCUGUUACAAACUUUGAUGGAAACUGGUACAUUAUCAGUCGCACUGGUAAGGAUACUUAUGUAAAUGGAAUAGAAACAACACGUUGUCCUGUGAAACUUAAAGAUCAGGACAAAAUAAAAUUUGGUGAUAUAGAAGCUCAAUUCAACUUAAAUAAAACCACUGAGGUAACUAAUGUAAGUAGUGGCUAUGAAGAUAUCAUUAGUUCUAGCCCAGAACUGUUGUCAAGGCGGCAUUUAAUAUUUAAAAGCAAUGAAAGAGAAAAAAAUUGUGAUAAUGUUAUUGACACAACCUGUGACGAUAGUUUUGUGAUCAAUGCAACACAAAACAACUUGGAGAUAAGCAAAGAAAAUGAUGAAAUGUGUUUUAUUCCCGAAACUCAAGCUUUGCCAACUUAUAUCGAUAAAAGUAAUUUGGAAGGUGGUUUUGGAGAAAUUAUGGAUUCAGAUGAAAGUCAGUUUUGCAUUAAUUCCGAAGCGUUUAAAGAUGUUGGAGAUAAUGUUGAUAUUAAUAAUUCAGUGAACGAUGCAUUAACUUCACUUGUAAUUCCUUAUAUUCAUCAUGAUACAGUAAUGUUAUUUGAUGAAAAAAGGGCAGAUGAUAAUGUAUUAAACUCUGCAGAACAAAGCUUAAGCAAUAUAUCUAAGAAUUGCGUUGGUAAAAAAAGUGAAACGGACACAUCAGACAAAUUAAAUUUGAGCACAACAAAUAAGAUUGGUGAACUUGAGACAAAUAACAUCGAUGAACGGGAAGGUAGUUGUACGCCAGAUUUAUUUGAUGAAAUUAUCACAUACCAAAUUAAUCGUGAAAAAGAAAGCCAAAAAUCUCCCUGCUCAAAGAACGAAGAAAGCAAUGCCAAUUCGCUUUCUCAUCAUUCACCACCAGUGGAUGAUAAUAAUUUAUUACCUACUCAGAAAUUUAAACAAAAUACACUCGACGAAAACGGUCUAAUUUCCAACAUUAGCCAAAAAGAAAAUAAAGAACCAAAAAAGCCAAUUACAGAUUUUUCUGGUCUUGAGGCUACACAAAUUUUUACUGAGCCUGAUCUGGAAACGCCACAAUUUUUUAAAUCAAAAUAUAUAAAACCUAAGGAGUUACCUCAGAUUGAGAUCUUAAAUAAAACUGAAGUAGUAAAUAAUAAUAGCAACGAUAUUAAUCAUGAUGAGUGGUUAGAUCAAGUGACCCGACCUAGAAUAUCGACUGACUUUAUAGAAUUACUUAAAUCAUCGAAGGCUAAUACUAGUAAAAACAAAAAAGUAUCUAACUCUCCAGCAACUACAGAAAAGAAAUUACGCGUUAAUAUGAAAGAAAUAGAUACGAAAGAAAAAAGUCUGUCCAAAAGCUUAAAGUCUAUAUAUGGAAAUAAUUCCACCGACUCUGAAACUUCCGCAUACAGCAAUGAUGAUAAAAAUGAACUUAGGAAAUAUCUUAAAAGAAAUUCUGAUGAUUCUUUAAAAUCAGGUGGCAAAAAAAGAAGAAUAAGUAAUUCUUCGCAAGAUAAAAAUAAAUCAUCAUCUGAACAAAGUGAUGCUUCAAAUCAACUAAACAAAAAAGAAAAAAUUUUAAAUUGUAAAGUAAACUUAAAAAAAUCUAUUCUUUCAAUUGAAGUUAGUGCCAUUGAAUCGAAAUUAGGUAAAAAAAGCAAGGGAUUAGACACAUCUAAAUUAAAACAUAAAGAUCAUAAAAAAAUACGCUCGACUUCUGAAGAAGAAACAAAACAUUCUACUCCACCCAAACCACAGUUAGCAAAAAAAGAUGAGAAAAAUUCUGCCACAAAGAAUUCUAAAUCUCAUGAUUUAAAAAAGAAAAAAGUAUCAACCGACAAAAAUGCAAGCAAAUCCAACGAAAAAGAAAUAUUAAAUACUUCUAAAGAUGACAAAACGGUAACUCACUCAAAUACAACGAAACGAACAACCACUGAGAAAACUGAAGGGCAAGUGAUUGAAAAAAAAUCAAGACGGUCUGCAAAGGAUCCUAAAUCUGUUGAAAAAAAACAAAAAUCAAUGAAUACAUCAACGCCAUUAGUUGAGAAACGUAGAAAUACUAGAUUGGCAUCUGAAACUGAAGCUCAAAUUCCUAACGCAACGACAUUAAAAAAGGUUGAUAAAGAAUCACCUGGAAAACAUGCAGUCAAAAAGAAAAUCACAAAACCUGCAACUCAGGAACCUGCAACUACUGAUAAACGCAAUACUAGACAUAAUGUUUCAAAAAAUAAAAGUCCACCAAAAGCAGAAGCAAGUAAUUCGAAAGAAGAAGCGGCAAAAGCCAUUAAAGCACAACCCACAAAAAAAUUGGUUUCUGAAGAACAUGCGUUGCCACGUAGAACAACACGACUAAUGUCAUUUAAACGUACUGAGGACAAGGAAGAUGUUAAAAAGAACUCCAAUAAGUCUGAACACGAUGCUUCUGCAAGUAAGGAUAAGGAGGUUUCGAAAGAACAGAAAAAAGAAAAACCUCCAAUACUUGUCUCAUUCUCCACUAUUGAUUUAAGUGAUAUUCUAUAUCUUAAACACCAAUCAAACAAUUUGUGGGAUGAAGCUGAUCAUGCCAAAAAUUGUGAUGUGCUUAUUAUGAAUAAGGCAAGUCGCACUAUAAAAUUUUUAAUCGCGAUCGCUAGAGGCAUACCAAUUGUAACAUUGGAUUGGCUAUCCAAAAAAUCUGCAAAUAGCAAUGAUUUGUCAAACUGCAUGUUGGAGGAUAAAGAAUUUGAAAGGAAAUACAACUUCAAGUUGCUGAAUGCAUUGGCAAAAUCGCACAAAGCUAAACUGUUUAAAGGUUAUGAAUUUUCAAUGACAGAAAACAUAAGUCCCGGAAACAAAGAUAUGCAGGAUCUCUUAAGUUGCACUGGUGCCAUUGUACACACAACAGUUUCAUCAAAUGCAAAAAAUUCGAAAAGCAAAAAGAAUAUAAAAGCAAUGUACCUAAUCUCAUCAGAAAAAGAUAAAAACAUAUGGGAACACUGUUCGAAAUAUAAUAGCAAACUGCAUGUUGUAAGUACUGAAGGUGUGAUGUUAGCUGUAAUGCAUCAGGAUGUUAUUUACUUAGACAUACAUAGCCUCAAGUAAAAUAAGUUCAUAUAAUUAAAAUGUAUUUGUUAAAUAUUGUUAGCCCUUUUUUCUUGCAUAGUAGUGUAUCGCCAAAUCACAAAGUUGAAUGCUCAAAAUUUAAAUUUAUUUUUUAAGUAAAUUAUAUUGUAUUGUUAUUUCUAUCCAUUAUUCGUAUGAUUAUUUUUUUUUGUUUUAUAUAAAUUGAUUCGUAAAUUCGUUCACUAAAUUAAUUGGCUACCACGAGAAACAACCCAUAUUCGAAGUCAUAUAAAAAUUCGUCAAAAUUGUAAU